UUACGAAUUCACUUUACGUCACGAGCACCUGCUUUAUUGUUGGUAACAAAUAUGGCGGCGGAAGACGAUUCCGAUAUUCCUGAUUCUGGAGCUGUCUUUACAUUUGGCAAAAGCAAGUUUGCUGACAAUUUGCCGAACAAGUUCUGGGUUAGGAAUGACCGUGUACGUGAUGUGGCAUGUGGAGAUGAACACACAGCAUUGGUUGCAGAGACUGGGAGAGUAUUCACAUUUGGUUCCAAUGAUUGGGGUCAACUUGGUCUGGGAACCAGUAAAACAGCUGAUAGGCCAAGCUGUAUCAAAUCAUUAAAGACAGAGAAAGUGAAGCUUGUAGCAUGUGGAAGAGUUCAUACAAUUGUUGCAACAGAAUCAGGGAAGCUCUAUUCAUUUGGUGCCAAUGGCGAGGGUCAGCUGGGUGUAGAAGAUUCUCCAGCUAGCAAUGUUCCUAAAUGUAUUGACAGUCUAGUAGAGCAACAGUACAGAAUGUUAGCAGCAGGGGCAGAUCACUCUGUAGCUCUCACAGAGGAUGGUGCAGUAUUUGUGUGGGGUGGGGGAAGUGAAGGACAACUUGGUCUAGGGGGUAAGACAGAAUGUCCAGACCCAGAAGAAUUGCAAAUAGAAGAUGUGGUCACUUGUAUAUCAUGUGGUUAUUAUCAUACAGCACUUGUCACUGAAUCAGGAGAUUUAUACACAUUUGGUGAGAGUGAGGGUGGUAAACUAGGGUUGGGUGAUGACCCUGAUGAAACAGAUACUCCACAAAAGGUUGAUAUACCUGAAAAAGUCAUAUCAGUGGCAUGUGGUGGGUCACAUACUUUAGCUGUCACAGAAAGUGGCAAUGUCUACACAUUUGGAGAUGGUGCAAGUGGCCAGCUAGGUCAUGGAACACAUUUUUUACAAAUAUCUACGCCAAGAAAACUUAAUAUUAAUUUUAAAGUGAAAUAUGCAUCAUGUGGUGAAAGCCAUUCUUCUCUUAUAUCAGAUAAAGGUCAGUUAUACACAUUUGGAGAUGGAAGACAUGGGAAGUUAGCGUUAGGACAAGAAAGUUUUUCUAAUCAAUUUAUACCACUAAGAGUAAAAAGAUUUUCAAAAUUUACUGUACAAAAAGUUAUGUGUGGAGGAUGUCACAUGAUAUGUUUAGCCAAACCAAAUAGAGAGGAUGAUAACCAGUUUAGUUCUGAUGAUGAGUUGAUAGGGGAACCAAAGUUAAAUGGAAUGCUCAAUCAUAGUCUACGAGCUGAUGGUUCUAUAGACCUUAACAACAGUGUUACAGCAAGAGAUAGGCGGAGAAAAACCAACGAAUCUUUUAAAAAUGAUUUAAACCGUACCUUGCCACCCCUGGCUGGUGCUCACAAGGUACCAUCAGAACAUUUACACCAGACCGUCCCAGCACCAAAGUCACGCAGAAUAGAGUCAGCUCCUUUACAAAAACAACCAGAUUCACCUCGGUCAGAAGAAGAAGUCCAUGAAGAAAUUGUUAAAGCUGAAAGUCGUGAAGCAGAAUCUUCCGUACAUGCUCUUCCACGUCCAUUACCAAGACGACAUGCUGGAAUGCCUGAAGCUAAAUCAGAAGAAGAUGAAAGUGAGGAAGAAGAGGAGAGUGAAGAAGAAGUUAAAGAUAUGUCACAAUCUACACGGGCCUUGCCUCAAGCUCCAAUGCCACAACCGAGAGCGCUGCCAAAGUUAGGUGAUACCGCAGAGUCUGAUGAAGAUGCUGAUGAAGAAGAUGAACAUGAAGAUAAAUCUAAGAAAACCAAAGAAAAGAAACAAAAGAAAAAGAAAAAAGACAAAAAGGGAGCUAUGGGGAUAUUUGGCAGGAAAAAGACAGGAAUAUCAGAUGAUGAUGAUGAAGAAGAAGAUGAGGAGGAAGAAGAAGAUGAAGAGAAGGAAGAAAAAGCAGAAAAGAAGGAAAAAGAAGAAAAAUCUGAAAAGGAAGAUGAUGAAGAAGAAGAAACAAAAGAUAAGAAGAAGAAUAAAAAAGAUAAAAAGAAAGAUAAAGGUGAUAAAAAAGACAAGAAAGAUAAAAAGAAAGAUAAGAAAAAAGAUAAGAAAAAGAAAGAUGAGGAUGAAGAAGAAGAGGAUGAAGAGAAGGACAAAGAAGAUGAAGAUGAGGAAGACGAAAAAGACGAGAAAAAGAAAGGAAAGAAGGAUAAAAAAGACAAAGAUAAAAAGAAAGACAAAAAGAAAGAUAAGAAGAAAGGCAAGAAAGAUAAAGAAGAAGAAGGUUCAGGGGAAGAAGAGGAGGAGGAGGAGGAGGAUAUAAAAUCUAAAAAGAAAGAUAAGAAGAAGGACAAAGAUAAGAAGAAAAAGGAUAAAGACAAGGAUGAUGAUAAAUCUGAAGCAGAAGAAGAUAAAACAGAGGAGAAUAAAGAACCAGAGAAACCUGCUGAACCUCCGAAGAAAAAGUCAAGGACCUGUACGAUUUUGUGAUGGCCUAGGAGCAUAGAAACCAAUUUCUAUUCCACACAUGAGUUGUUGAGAUUUACAUUCACUGAAUAUAAUGGCAGAAGAAAAACUUAUUCCAGGACAAACAUGUGGAAAGUGCUGUCGUGCAUAACAGAAAUUGUCAUUUAUUUAUGUAUAAAUUGUGAUAAAAAGUAGAUAGCUUUGGUGCUACCAUAUUGGGGACAUAUAUGUGUACCUGUUUGUCCGUCUGUAUUUACGUUCAGCUGAUAUUAGCCAUUUUAGUUCUAUGCACUGUAACUGCUUUUACCCAGAUUUCAACACAUUUUUGUCAUUUACUUUUCUCUUUUGUUCAGAGUUAAGACUCUGUUGUGAUAAGUGUAUGUAAAGGCUAUGCUUCCACAAAUAAUUAAUGUAUAUUUGUCAUUGUUAAGUUGUGGAUCCAUAUGUGUAAAGUUUCAGCUCUAGCAGUCACGAGAUAUUCCACAUUGUUAAAAAGUUCUUGUUUAUAUUUAUGAUGGCAGGCAGCUUAGACCCAUUGAUUUUUUAUCCAAUGGGACAAUUUUAGUUAGAAACAACAGCAGCUCCUGUAAAUAGUCAUAAAAGAUCUGCUUUGCUCCCUAAGACCAUGUAACCUAAUCAUAAUAAUGUGAAAGUGUUUCCAUUAAAUUGAAUGAGUGAAUGUUAUUGUUAGAUUGGAAAAAAAAGGAAAUUACUCAUAAAAAAUGGUCAUCAAAGUAUGGGAUACUUAUUGUUUACCUUGCCAGUACUAUAUCAGGUUUAGCUGAUUCCAGCUUUUAGAUUUUAAUUUUUGUUUAAAUGAAAGUACAUAUGUAUUCUUUAAGUAUGUUUAAACCUUGUUAUUAUAAAAGAUUGAUCUUAUAUUUUUGUUAAGAUGACCAACACAAACAAGUUGUGUUUUUCUCAUUACUUUUGUGUUGUGACGAGAUUGGUGGGCUCUUGUAAAACUAAAAAAGAACAAUAUACAUGUAUUACAAGUGCAAGGGGUGUAGUUUAUAUCCAGUAUAUAGUGAUGAUCAAUAAAAUGAAUGUGUAAGAUUGAAAGUGAAAAAUGAUUUAAGAUUUCUUUUUUACAAAAUGAUUCAUAGAAUAUUGCCGCAAAUAUUGUAUAUUAUGUUUUGUAUAGUCAUGCAUUUCCAGUUUCAAUAUCUGUCAGGGGUACAUAAGUAAAAAUAUUGUUUACCAAAGAUUUUCAUUAAAAGGCAGGAGCUGAGAAAUUAGUAAUUAAUGUAAUAGUAUUUCAUUAGGAUAAAUCACUUGUAUAACCAACAUUUGCAUUUACACAUUUUUACAUUUGUCAGU